AAGUGGAGCCGAGGCGGCGCGGGCGCUUCCAGCGCUCCGCCCUCAGCCUUUAGCCGGAGGACCCGGAGCCGCGGCCGGCAGGUAACGGCCAUGCGGCUCCCAGACCUGACACCCUGGGCCUCCCUGCUGCUGGCCGAUCUGGCCUUACUCUGGCUGCUCCAGGGGUCUCUGGGGUCUCUGCUGCCCCGGGGCCUUUCAGGCCUAUGGCUGGAGGGGGCGCUGCGACUCGGAGGGCUGUGGUGGCUGCUGACGCUGGGAGGACUGCUGGGAUGCCUGGGGGCUUUGCUGCCCCCCCUGUGUCUGGUGACCCCUCUGUUUCUCUCCCUGAGGGCACUGGUCCCCGGGGCCUUGAGUGCUCACCCGGCCAGAGUGGCCUCAGCCUCUUGGAGCUGGCUGCUGCUGGGGUACGGGGCUGCGGGGCUAGGCUGGGCCUUGUGGGCUGUGCUGAGCCUUCCUGCAGCCCAGAAGGGAGACCAGGGCCAGGAGAACAGCAAAGCCUUGAUGUGGAGGUUGCUGCGGCUCUCCAGGCCAGACCUGCCUUUCCUCAUCGUGGCCUUCAUCUUCCUUGUUCUUGCGGUGCUGGGUGAGAUAUCAAUCCCAGCCUACUAUGGUCGCAUGAUUGACAUCCUGGGAGGUGACUUUGACCCUCAUGCUUUUGCCAGUGCCAUCUUUUUCAUAUGUGCCUACUUCUUUGGGAGCGCGCUGUGUGCUGGGUGCCGUGGAGGCUCCUUCCUCUACACCAUGUCCAACAUCAACCUGCGGAUCCGGGAGCAGCUUUUCUCCUCCCUUCUACGCCAGGACCUCGGGUUCUUCCAGGAGAUGAAGACAGGGGAGCUGAAUUCCAGGAUGAACUCGGACACCACCCUGAUGAGCCGCUGGCUUCCCCAGAAUGCCAACUCGUUCUUGCAGAGCCUGGUCAAAGUGGUGGGAAUGUACAGCUUCAUGCUCAGCCUGUCCCCCGGCCUCACCCUCCUGUCUCUGCUGGACGUGCCUCUUGCCAUUGCAGCCGAAAAGGUGUACAGCCUCCGCCACUGGGCGGUGCUUCUGGAGAUCCAGGAUGCAGUGGCCAAGGCAGAGCAGGUGGUGCGUGAGGCUGUCGGAGGGCUGCCAACCGUGCGCAGCUUUGGGGCGGAGGAGCAGGAGGUCUGCCGCUAUAAGGAGGCCCUUGAACGAUGCCGACAGCUGAGGUGGCGCAGAGACCUGGAAGAGGCCAUCUACCUGCUCUUUAGGAGGAUGCUGCGAUUGGGUAUGAAGGUGCUUAUGCUGAACUGUGGGCGGCAGCAGAUCCUGAGCAGGUCCCUCUCCCUGGGCGGGCUGCUCUCCUUUCUGUACUAUCAAGAGGACGUGGGCCAGUAUGUGCAGAACCUGGUAUACGAAUGUGGGGACAUGCUGAGCAACGUGGGGGCCGCGGAGAAGGUUUUCCGGUACCUGGACCAAAAGCCCAAUCUGCCUCCUCCAGGGACACUGGCCCCUUCCACUCUGCAGGGGCUGGUGGAAUUCCGGGGAGUGACCUUCGCGUACCCCAAUAGUCCUGACCGGCCUGUGCUCAAGGGGCUGACGUUCACCCUGCGACCUGGUGAGGUGACGGCCCUGGUGGGGCCCAAUGGGUCUGGGAAGAGCACCGUGACCGCCCUGCUGCAGAAUCUGUACCAGCCCACAGGGGGGCAGGUGCUGCUGGAUGGGGAGCCCCUGUCCCUGUAUGAACACUGCUACCUGCACCGACAGGUGACCGUGGUGGGGCAGGAGCCGGUGCUGUUCUCGGGGUCUGUGCGCGACAACAUCGCCUACGGGCUGAAGAGUUGCAGCGAGGAGAAGGUGCUGGCUGCCACCCGGGCAGCCCGAGCGGAUGAGUUCAUAGACGAAAUGGAGCACGGCCUAAAUACAGAUGUAGGGGAGAGAGGGAAACUGUUGGCCGCGGGGCAGAAACAACGACUGGCCAUCGCCCGGGCCCUUGUGCGGGAGCCACGUGUCCUCAUCCUGGACGAAGCCACCAGUGCCCUGGACGUGCAGUGUGAGCAGGCCGUGCAGGACUGGAAAGCCCUCGGGGACCUAACGGUGCUGGUGAUCGCCCACCGGAUGCAGACGAUUCAGAGUGCGGACCGGAUCCUGGUGCUGAGGCAGGGGCAGCUGCAGGAGCAAGCCCAGCUCAUGGAGGGGCAGGACCUUUAUUCCCGACUGGUGCAGCAGCAGCAGCAGCAACAGCAGCAGCAGCAGGAGCCUGAGGACUCUGGACCCAUCACUGGGGCAUCUUCAUGAACCCGGGUAGCUCCUGCCUUGAGUUUCCCUGGGCUGUGCCUGGGAGUUGUUCCUAGAGCUGUGUUGGCUGUCUGAACCAUGUGCGCUUCCUCCUGGUGGGCUUUGGUGCUAUCUGUGUCCAAAUACCUGGUUUCCUGGACCCACAGUGAGUAGUGUAUGGUAAAUAUAUUUUAAAAUAUUUUUCACGCAGUGUAUAAAUAGCACACAUUAUGUAGAAAAGUGAAAAUGUGGGCUUCCCCAGUGGCGCAGCAGGUUGAGCACCACACUGUGAAGCUGUCCGCAGCCUCUGCAGUGUGGGUUUGAUGCUUGGCCAGCCAGGGAGAUACCCACAUGGUGCAGCAGACCUCUCCUGCCUUGCCCGCUGCUCCCCUCAGCAGUGUCUUUGGUCCAUCUGCCUGUUCUGCUCCCUUCUCUGUCUCUGGUGAAUUCUCUCAUCCUCCCGAGCCUCUGACUGUACCCCAGUUCUUGUGUAAAUAAAUCUUAAAAAAAAAAAAGAAACCUGAAAGUGAUUUUUUUAAAUCUUAAUAACCAUGGCUACUAUUUUCCUGGGUAGCCUAUUGUUUGAGAUACAUAAUAGCUAAAAUGACUUAAAUAUUCAUGAGGUUGCCUUUUUUGUAUCCUCCCCCAUUUCCACUGGUGUCUGAUAUUUUUGGGGAAACUUGAGCAGAAGGGAAGCACGUAGUUCUCUAAUUUACAGUGUUAAAACACUGAUAAUAAUUACUACUUACAGAGCUUAAUGAGUAGGAACUAUGUGUUUUUCAUCUAUUAUCUUACUUCAUUCUUAUCCUCAAACCUAGGAGGUUUGUAUUACCUUAUUUAGUCCUUAUCCUGAAAAGUUAAAACCAUUUUAUAGAGAGGAAACCAAAUUUGAAAAAGAUAAAAUAACUCUCUCAAGGUCACACAGUGGCAGAUUUUGAAUUUGAAUCCAGGCCUGACCCCAGAGUUCAUGACCCCAACCAAUAAAUUACAUUGCGUCUUGUGUCCCUAAUCUCUAAUUCAUAAUGAGAUCAAAUAAAAUUCAUUUAUUUCAGGAUUUCUAGUGUUGAGUACCUCUGCAUCCAUCAUGUUCUCUCUGGUAACAUUGUUUUAACUUUCACUCACAGUUUUCAGUUUUCUCAUCACCAGAGUUGAUCACCAUUUCUAGCCACCCUUCAUGAAGUCUCUCCUUUUUCUAGAAGGCACAGAGGUUACUGUCACUUCUGUAAAAUCCUUCCAUUGCGCAUCCUCCCUUUCUGCACAGGGCUCCCUGAGGGCACUCCAGGUUUUCCAACCUGACUGUCUCCCCCCUUCCUGUUGCAGUUAGCCCCACAAACUUCCUUUGCAUGUGGUGGCAUUCCCUGCCAUUCCCUACACCACCUCCCUGAUGUACCCGAAGUUCUUCAAGUCUUAACUCAGGGUUCAGGUCUUCCAGGAAGCUUUCCCUUAUCUCCUCAGUCAGAGAAAGUGCCCUUUCCUCGAGCUCCUGGAAAGGUGAAGUAUCUUAUUAAGCUUUAUGCCUUCGCCUGGCGCAGGGCUAAGUUCAUAGUAGACAACAAAUAAAUGCCUGUUGGAUAAAUAAACAAACCUCCUUCCUCCACUGUCCUCAUUCUCCACCCUCCUUGUGCAUUCAAUAUUGAAAAUCCAAAGCGGUGCACAUCACUGCUAUCUGGAGGGACUUAACUUUGAAGGUUCCUAUUCUAGGAGAGUGAAACUUGCACAUUCCCAGAAAGAGUAGAUAUUUUACAGCACUGUUAGAGGGAUUCACCAGAGACAGAGUGGGGAACAGAACAGGCAGACUGACUGAAACACACUGUUGAGGGGAGCAGCAGGUGAGACAGGAUUGAUCUGCUGCACCAUGUGGGUCACCUCCCUGGCCGGGGAGGAUCAAUAGCUUCAUAGGUUGAGUCUUAACCCCUUGCGCCACCAGGGAGGCCCACCGGUAAAAAAAACAUUUAAAUGUGGAUUUUGGGCACAGGGGAAUGAUCCCUAUUCCUACAUCCUCCCACGAUGUCGUGGGUGGGGUGCAGACCUUAUUAUCAGUGAAAUGCUGGAAGAGAAGGCAGGUCCACAGAGCUAUCCGCAUCCUGCUAGUACUCCCCACAUGAAGCAGCAGCACUUUUUUUUUAAAGAUUUAUUUAUUUAUUUGUUUGUUUGUUUGUUUAUACAAGCACUGGGUACAGUCAGAAGCGCGGGAGGGUGAAAGAAUUCACCAGAGCCAGAGCAGGGAGCAGAGCAGGCAGACUGACGAAAUACACUGCUGAGGAGAGCAGCGGGCGCGGCAGGAGAGGUCUGCGUGCCAUGUGGGACCCUCCCCAGCGGCCGGGGAUUGAACUGGCACUACAGAGUCUGCGGGCAGCUUCACAGCCCAGUGCUCAACUGCUGCGCCACCAAGGAGGCCCCAGCAGUGCUUUUUGUUGGAGAAAUGACAGUGACCAUAUCAGUCACUAAAAUCAGUGACAGUUCACAUUUGUCACUCUGCCUUGGCACCCUGAGCAUUAUGGGAAGCCCACCCCUACCCCCAAGGAUGCUCUACAGCCCAAAGUCGACCCCACAACUUCAAGUCUUAAGUGCUGCUGGUGUCGGGACCCAUAGGGUCAUAUUUCAGGAAGCUGGGAGCCAUGCGUUGGGGUUGGUCCCCAUCACCUGGGGAUUAACAGGAGGGGGCAAUCCCUAAGGCAGAAUCAUGGGGUGGAUGAAGUGCAUGACUUUGGCUCCCAUUCUCCCUAUUCUGGGGGUGCAGAGUCCCGUCUGCCACCCCCUCCAUGAUGGCGUUUGUAGUUGGGUCCCUCCAGGAGUUCCUAUGAGGACAGAGACACUGGCUGCCAUGGUGGCCCCGGGGAGCAUGGUUCGUGAACAACUGUUUCAUGGUGCUACAUAGCAGAAAGAGGAACACUAAGCCCCAGAAAAAGAAGCUGGCCUGGGGAGUGUGGGGAUGGAAACCAGGCAACACCCUCUCCUGGCUGUGUGUCUGCAGAACCAGGUCUUCCUUUGGGGGUGGAAGGCACCCAGGAUCAUAGCACUGAGGCCCCUCCUGGUCCCAUCUGUGAAUGGGGCUUGACCUCUUUCCUCUAAAAUAAACAACUGGAGGGUGGGGAUCCCCUUCUAUAUAUGCAUGCUGCCUACACAUCAAUUAAUCCUGUAAAACUAUUUGGUUUAAUAUUUGAUACUGUGUAAGAAAUGAGCCAAGUGGGAAGAUAUGUUUUUAGUAAAUGUAACAGAUGAUAGGAGAAUCAGGUUCCUGUGCCCUGGGGACCUUAUCUCACUGCUAGAAUACUUCUAGCAGAUCAGCAGGAUGGGGGCCCCAGAGAAGGCACAAGGACAAAGCUCUCUCGCAAAAAGGACCUCACCUGGGACCCUGGGGUUCAGGAAGAAUAGAUUUGCCAGGCUUCCAUGUUGCCAAGCUUCAGCCCAAGACCAGGAAAAAGUAGCUUCAACAUCUUAGAUACCGUGUUUUUUUUGUUUGUUUUGUUUUUUGGUGGUUUUUUUUUUUUUUUUUUUUUGGUAGAUUCGAAAUAUCCAAUCGCAGGGAAUUUUCCUGAAGGGUGUAAAAUUGGUUUGAAUUUUGUUUUUCAGUCACAGAGCUGUCUGUUCUAUGAAGAAAGGGGUCUCUCCUAUUAGACCCUACACAUGAUCAAGAUCUGGGCAUCCCCUCUUAUCUACUACAACUCAGUUAGUUGAAACAUAGACCAAAAAGGUAGUCUAUGGUGAGUGAACUUGAAAAUUUUUUUUUAAAGAUUUUGUUUAUUUAUUUAUACAAGCACUGGGUACAGUCAGAAGCGCGGGAAGGUGAGAGAAUUCACCAGAGCCAGAGCGGGGAACAGAACAGGCAGACUGACAAAAUACACUGCUGAGGGGAGCAGCAGGAGCGGCAGGAGAAGUCUAUUGUGCCAUGUGGGACCCUCGCUGGCUGGCAGCCGGGGAUCGAAACUUUGCUGCAGAGGCUGCGGGCAGCUUUGCAGCCCAGUG